AUGUCUGCAGAGAAGCAAUCCAUAGAGUCGGUGCGCAAUGGAAAGAUCCCCGAGGACGAUCCCGUUGCCCCCAUUCCCCACUUCCCCUCAGAAUACAAGGGCGAUAUCAAGGAUGAACUCGGAGGUAUCGAGACUGAUGCCGGUUCCUUGGAGGAGGAGGAGCUUGAAGAGUCCAUCCGCCUCGUCCCCAAGAUCGUCCGUGAGCUCGUCUCCAUGGACGAUGACCCCACCCUCCCCACCGUCACCUUCCGCUACUUUGUGCUGAGCACGAUCUUCGUCGCCUUAGGAGCUGUCAUUUCCCAGAUCUCAUGGUUCAGAACCACUUCUGCCUCGUACUCUAUGUUCUUUGUCCAGAUCGUCUCCUACUGGCUCGGUAACAUCAUGGCCCGCACUCUCCCUGCCAAGGAUGUUAAUCUCGGCUUCUUCAAGUUUUCCCUCAAUCCCGGUCCCUUCUCCAUCAAGGAGCACGUCCUCAUCACCCUUGCUGCGAGUGCUGGUGCGACAUCCAACUUGGGUGAGAUUAUUAUCUCGGUCAAGGAUAUUUUCUACAAGGAGCAAAUGCACCCCCUCGCCGCCAUCUUCCUCAUGUGGGCUACCAUCUGGACUGGAUACUCGUUCGCUGCCAUUGGACGUAGUUUCUUGCUCUAUGACCCCGACCUGAUCUGGCCCUCAGCCCUCAUGCAGACCGCUCUUUACCGCACCCUCCGCGGUGAGGGUCAAACUCUUGAUGUCUCCAGGAAGCAGAUCCGCGUCUUCUGGCUGGUUCUCGCCGGUGUUUUCUUUUGGACCUUCUUGCCCGAGUAUGCUUUCCCCUUCACCUCAUCACUCGCCGUCCUAUGCUGGUUUGCUCCCCACAACGACACCGUCAAGUUCAUCUCCAGUGGACUCGGAGGCAUGGGCUUCUUGAACUUUACUCUCAACUGGUCCAACAUCACCUCCACCAUCAUGGUCUCACCCUGGUGGACCCAGGUCAUCUCCUUUGUUGCCUUUGUCGUCUCUGUCUGGGUCCUAGUCCCCAUCGCCCACUUCACCGGCGCUUGGAACGGAAAGGCCUUCCCCAUCAUGUCCAACCGUCUCUUCAUGGCCAAUGGCACCAAAUACCCCUUCAUCGAGCUCACUGAUGAGCAGGGUCACUUCAAGGAGGAUGUUUUUGAGAAAUACGGAAACGUCUAUAUGUCGACCUACAACCUCUGGGGUAUCUUCUUUGGAUAUGCGACCUUCCUCUCGGCCUUUGUCCAGAUCUUUUUGUUCGGUCGUAAGAAGAUCUGGUCGACCAUCCAGCAUCUCCGUCAGCGCAAGCAGCACUCAUUCAAGGAUCGUAUCAAUGUCUUGAUGUCUGCCUAUGAUGAGGUUCCUCUCUGGUGGUACAUUGCCCUCUUUAUUUGUUGCUUCGCCACCAUGCUCAUCUUGAUCCACACUCAGGACCUGUACCUUCCCUGGUGGACCUACAUCAUCGGAGUUGUCCUCGGCGGUCUGACCGUCGUCCCCAUGGGUUUCAUCUAUGCCAUCUCUGCCUACCAAGUCUCCACCGGAACCUGGAACGAGCUGAUUUAUGGAUACAUGGCCCCUGGAACCCACCCUGUCGGCUCGCUUGUGUACCGUGUUGUUGCUGGUCAGUGCUGGUACCGGGCCCAGAGUAUUCUCCUCGACCAAAAGAUUGGUCAUUACAUGAAGGUUAGCCCCCGCGCCACCUUCUUCUCCCAGCUCUGGGGUAACUUGAUCGGUGUCCCAAUUAACUACGCCGUCAUCCGCUGGGUCAUCGACACCAAGCGUCCUUACCUGGAUGGCUCCGAAAUAGAUCCUCUCGGCCAAUGGUCCGGUCAGGCACCCCAGAGUUAUUUGAACCAGGGUAUCCAGUACGGAACCGUUGGCCCCACCCGUCUCUUCCAAGACACCAUCUACGGUCCCCUUCGCUGGGGUUUCUUGUUGGGAGUCGCUGCUCCUGUCCUCAUGUACCUCCUCCACAAGCGCUUCCCCCGCGCAAAGUUCAACCUCUGGCACAGCACCAUCUUCUUCUCGAGUAUGGAGAACUUUUACGGAAACGUUUCGACCGGCCCUCUGUCGUCCAUCAUCGGAGGCUUUGUCUGCAUGUACUACUUCUUCCGCUACAAGCAUUCGACCUGGGUAAAGUACAACUACCUCAUUGGUGCCGCUGCUGAUACGGGUCUUUCGCUGGCCAUUCUUGCAAUCUUUAUCAUCUUUGGAAGCGCCAAGAUUAUUCAGAUGCCCGAAUGGUGGGGUAAUGACCAGGUGUCUGCAGAAAAGUGCUAUGGUUCUUCUCCCAAUUAG